AUGUCAGAACGUGUAGCGCAAAUCGCCGCUCACCUCAACUACCCUAAGGGCAUGCUUGCGGGCCAAGUGGCCAUCAUUACCGGCAGCGGGCAGGGCAUCGGCGCAGAAACAGCACGGCUCUUCGCCAACGAAGGCGCAAAGGUGGUCGUUUCCGACAUUGACGCCAAAAAAGCCCAAGAGGUCGCAGACGGCAUCAACACCGCCGGCGGCCAGGCCAUCAGUGUCCCCGGCGACAUGCUCUCGGCGGAUUACAUCACCCAGCUCGUCGCCAAGGCCGCCUCCUUCGGCGGUGGCAAGAUCCAUCACCUAGUCAACAACGCCGGCUACACCUGGGACGGCGUCAUCCAUAAGAUGACGGACAAGCAGUGGGACACCAUAAUCGCGCUCCACUCGACCGCGCCCUUUCGCCUCGUGCGCGCCGCGGCCCCGUACUUCCGCGUCAAAGACGGCGAGAACCGCUGCAUCGUUAACAUCAGCUCCACCUCGGGCGUCCACGGUAAUGCAGGCCAGGCCAACUACGCCAUGGCCAAGGCCGGCGUCACGGGCCUGACCAAGACCAUCGCCAAGGAGUGGGGUCCGGCGUUCGGCGUCAGGGCGAACACCGUCGCCUUUGGGCACAUCAAGACGCGGCUGACGGAUGCCAAGGAGAAGGGCGCCUUCGUCGAGGGACCCGGCGGCGAAAAGAUCGCGCUGGGCAUUCCGCAGGCGCAAAAGGGGCCAGAACAGCAGGCGCACGCGGACAUCCCUUUGCGGAGGCCCGGGACGCCGACCGAGGCGGCGUCGGCCAUUUUAGCUGUCGUCAGCCCUCUAUUCAGUUACGUGAGCGGGCAGACCAUCAUGGUGACGGGCGGCCGAAACAUGUAA